AUGCCGUACCGGGCAGAUGUUAUUGGGUACGACCAAGAAACGGUGUUCAGCCCUGUGAUCUUUCAAAUUCGCGUUGCCCACGACACUGGCGUCCACUUCGUGUGGCACAGAUACAAUGCCUUCAAGCAGCUGUCUGCCUACUUGAGCCACCGCUUUCCGGCUCUCCCGACCUUGCAGGGAGGCCACCUUUGGCAAAAGGCCGUGAACUCGGCUGGCUUCUUGAAGUCUCGACAACACUGCCUUACCAGCUUCUUGCAAGCGGCCUUGACGAUUGAUGCAGAUGUGGAGGAUGUCAUCCUUCGUGAAUUCCUGGGCAUUGCAUCUCCUGCGCUAGCGGAGCUGUCAGAAGCUCCCCUGGAGCUAGAGAACUCGGAGCCCAGCCGUGGCCGCUCUUGCUCGAGUUUGGACAAGUUUUCGGCUCGCCCAAACAAGCAGCGCCACUCGUGCACAGGAGGCUUCCGAGCUGAGGAAAUGUCCAUAUGCCGCGUGAAGCGCUGCCUGUCCUCCCCACUUCCGGCCGACGAUCAGCUGGAGGAAGCCUCCCACUUGCUGGCCAACAGCCGAUUCAACGAAGCUGCAGUGGUUAUUGCCAGGGACGUGUCCCGCGUCUUCCCAUCAAACAGCCGAGUCCAUGAUGUCCGCAUCGAGAUUGCGGAGAUCCUGAGAGCCUAUGCACGAGAGGACCCUGAUCUCGGAUACACGCAGGGCAUGUGCUUUGCGGCUGCUGUGGUGGCCGUGGGUGAUGGAGAUCUCGAGGGCAAGCAACAGCGCUUCAGUCAGCUGAUGGCGAAGCUUCGUGACUUGUGGAUGCCAGGAUUCCCGUUGGUUGAGCAAGGCAUCCCUAUUGUGGAAUCCAUGCUGGCAAGCAAAGACCCAGAGCUCAUGCAUCACUUGUACCAGACAAUUAAGAUGGACCUGGGCAUGGUGAUUCCAAGUGCAUGGCUGUCGGUGUUUGGCAAGUGGCUCCCUCUCGACGUUUUGCAAGACCUCGUGCCUUUCCUUCAGAAGGAAGGACUGGCAGGAUUUGUCAUUGUGACCUUCCUCAUGCUUCUGGCACACCGGUCUAAGCUGUUGGUUGCACGAAGUUUGGACGAGAUCCUUCCCUUUAUCAACAGUUUUUCAAAGGAAGCCGUGCCGGAUCAACUUCUGAGUGUUUGCCAGGCGCCGUCAAGUCUCGCGGAGGCACCUUGCAAAGGUCCUUUGUGA